AUGGGAUACGCUGUGGCGAGCCACAUCCGCAAGAAAAUCUCGCGCCAAACCGCCCUAUAUGUGAAUGACAUCAAUCGAUCAGCUUGCGAGCGCUUCAUCCAGGAAUUCGGUAACUGGGGACCAAUCCAUAUAGUCGAUUCAGCCAAGGCGGCAGCAGCCCUGUCGAAGGUCGUCAUCUCCAUCGUACCGGGUGCAGCAGACGUCCGUGAAGUAUAUCUGAACCCUGACAGGGGAGUAAUUGCCGCCUCCAAGGACCCAGAACGUUUAAUGUUGGAUUGCAGCACAAUUGACUGUCAAACUUCCAGGAAUGUCGGCGAGAUACUGGGGAAAGCUGGAUCAGGCACUUUUUGCGACGCACCAGUCUCCGGCGGCUUACCGGGAGCUGAAGCCGGAACGCUCUCGUUCCUGAUAGGACACUCUCCACCUUCAGAGCACGACCUGAUAGCAACAAGAAUAGAAACGGUCAUCACGAUGAUGGGCUCUCGUGAGCGAUUUUUCUGGUGCAACACCGCGGGCUCUGGCCUCGCCGCCAAAAUAGCAAACAACUAUCUCUCGUGCACCAUCCUUCUGGCCACUGCCGAAGCUAUGGCCAUCGGUAUCCGGCAGGGCAUCAACCCGACCCUUUUGUACCAGUGUAUAAAACACUCGACAGGUCAAUCAUGGAUGUGCGAUAACGUCCAACCGGUGCCCGGGAUUUUGAGCCAUGUGCCGAGUUCAAAUGGCUAUACGCCGGGUUUCAAGACACAGAUGAUGAUCAAAGACAUCACUCUUGGAGUCGAAGCGGGAAGGGAGGUCGGAAUUGAGCCACGGAUGGCAGAGACGGCGUUGAAGGUCUUUGAGAAGGCGGCUGUAGAUCCAAGAUGUGUGGAUAGGGAUGGCUCGAGCGUAUACUUGUACUUGACAGGAGACAAGGAGGAUGAUUACCAGACCAAAGACGGUGAGGGCGCACCAAGUUCAUAA